UGGGAUCCAUUUUCUUGCGAGCUGACCCUGUUUUGGGAUGCAAACCGCGCGGCUCUGUUUCGUCCUUUUUUCUGACAAGAAAUCAAACAGUGAUUCUUUAUUUGUGAGCUUCUUGCCACCACUUUGUUUUGCUUCUGUUAUUUUUUUUGGGUGGCUGACGAGCACCGAGUUUUGAAGGGUCUCUCCUCUUGCUGCGCUUCAACGUUGCCCGAGUUAGCGUUUGCGACUCCCAAAAAGUCAACAUUAACGGAUCGUCAAAACCCCCCGUUUCCGAGACAAGCAACCCCUCCCUCCGCGCACAACAAACACCCAGACAAGAUGUGGGAGGACCUCGAAUUCGAUCCGGAGCGGAUCCCGAUGUUCAAGUUGAUCUUCCACUCAGUUCAGAUCCUCUUCGGCUUUGUGUCUUGGGCGCUAGGGAUUGCUGUUUUCAGAGCAGAGGGCUCAAGAAUCGUUGGUAACAAUGGUUGGACAUUCGGAGUGUUCUUCCUCUCGGUACCGGCCUGGAUCUACCUGAUGAUGGCCCCGCGCUUCCCACGCACACGAAAGCUCGCCGAGCCGCACGCCAUGCUGGUCGUCGACGCCGUCUUCGCCGUCAUCUGGCUCUCGGCCUUCUCAACCCAGGCCGCUUACAACACGGCUAACCUCUGCGGGACAGCCUGCCACCUCAGCAAAGCCGUCGUUGCCAUGGCCGUGUUCGUCUUCCUCUUCUUCUGCGUGACGACCUUCUUCAGCAUCUGGACCCUCAAGUACUACCAGUGGAACAACCGGCUGCCGGGCUACGACCGCACGCAGCUCAACAGCCAGAACAUCGACCCGGACAAGGCCGCCUUCUCGCUGGCGCCGCACGACGAGGAGUCGUACGCGCCCGUCAACGCGGCCGACCACGACCACGACCACGACAACGACCACGACCACGACGACCGCCUCGACGGCUCCUCCAGCUACGGCGGCGCCGGCACCGGCCUCGGCGGCCGCUCCGACUACUCGGACCCCUACGGCGGCGCCGGUACCGCCAGCCACGUCGGUGGUGCGAGCACCGUCAGCAGCUACCACGACAACCCCUUCCGCCAGCAGGAGGCUAACCCCUUCGACGGCCACGACACCGAGUACCACUCCGGGAGCGUGUCUGCGGCCGGCCGGUACGCCAGCCCCGCGCCGGCGGACGGGUUCGAGGACGCGAGGUUCCCUCGUGCUGAUUAUGACCGUAUUGAGAGGCUAUGAGUGCGGGACAUGGUUUUGGGUUAACGGCAGAGACAGAAUAGGGUAGGUUGAUGUCGGGUUGAAUGAUGUUGGGGGUGGGGUGGGCGGAUCACUCUUGUAUGGCUACGGGUCUGUUCUGGGAUGGUUCAAUAGUUGGUGCAUUUUGGUUUCCUCGCCUGGUCGGGGGAUAUAGGGAUAGCGUUGACUUGGCUUAGCUUUUGGUGUUGCCGGCGUCUUAGAGGGUAGAUCAACAAGAGAUACCAUGAACAUGCAAAAUUUGUUUCAA